GAAUGUAAAAACAGGAAAUUGAAUUAACGUGAUGACGUCAUUGAAGAGCGCCUCUGUUGGCCUCCAAAAUGGGUUCGACUCCUUAGCCUUGAUUUAUUAAUUUGUUCUUCAGCAUAUCGGCGUUUUUUCACUGGAACCCCAUCCGCAAUGACAUUUAGAGGUGUUUUGCCACCCGACGACCAGGAGAUAUUGCAGCUGGUUUCAGUGCAAGCUUACUGGCUUGCAAGUGUCUUCUCCUUUGCGGUGCAAUAACUUAAUACUCUUUUUUGGAGAAUUGCAAUGAAACCAGCUCAGGAGCGUAACCAGGAGUGCCUCCCUCCAAAGAAGAGGGACCUGCCAGUCACUGACAGUGGGGCAGGGGCAACUUUUGGUGGAGGAGGUAGGAAUGCUGUUGGAGAGGAGGAAGUUGUUUCCCUUCAGAAUUCUGCAGCAAAGAGUGAUGCUCAGGGAGGAGCUAAAACUGGAGAGUGGUUGCGGGCUCAGCCAGCUGAACAUUAUAGCGUGGAAAGUUCUGAUAGUAUACCAGCAGUGCCCGUUGACCAGUACAGUAUGCUCUACAAAUUAGCGCUUCCAUCUGUUACAUAUACACCGUCCACUCUUCAUCCAGUGUUAAGUCACAUUUCUCCAGCCUAUACUGUACACUCGCCACUCCUACAGCAUCCUGGCCUCCCCUACCCCCAUCCUCUUGGCUAUGCUCAAAUUCCUCAUUCCUCUCUUCAGUUUGUUACCUCACCAUAUGCCGUACCGUAUGCUAUACCUCCUGGUUUUGUUCCAGGCUCAUUAAUGUCUCCCACAGGCUCUAUUUCUCAACCCCACGCUGUGUCUCACUUGGUACCAUAUCCGCCAGUUGUGCAGGAAGGUGUUGUUUCCCCGCCUCCUCAGCCCCAAGUAGCUGCUCAUUCGUUUGCUAAAGUUCCAGUGUCUGGUGUUCCUUUUAUGCUGCCUUCAGAGCAAGGUCCUCAGCAGCAUCUAGGCUCUGGUCUACCUGGAGCAGAGUUGGGCUCUCGGGGAGUGCCAGUGUUUUACCAUCCACAUGGUGUGAGGGCCUCUGCUGCCUCUGGUAUUCAUCAGGCAAGUGAGAGAGAAAUGAAUGGAAGAGACAAAUGCCAUGGAUCUAGGGAGAUUCUCACAGAUGUUACCCACCCUGUGAAAAAUGUACAUCUGCCACAGUCAACCAGCUUCUCAACACAAGAAGAAACCCAGACAUGUCGGCCAGAAGACAGAAGUUCACCAUGUCAGCGGAGCACCCCAGACAGUGACUUGGAGGUGCAGCAAGUGGUUGGUCGUUUGGUGUCUAAUGUUGGUCGAAAGGAGGUCUCCUUUGCUCCUUUGAACCUCUCUCAGAGCACACAAAGAAGUAAAGAUGUCCAUGGAGAGAGCACAGGAAGUAUCUCUGGUCGUAAUGUACAUCCAACUCAGUCUGUGAAGGACUCUCGAAUGAACAGCAUCCAACAGCAGCCAGCAUCAUCAGGGCAUGCAGUUGUGAUAGCCAACGGUCAACCAGUCCUCAUUCCCCUUGAGUACACUGCUCAGCAUCAGUCACCCACAGUUCAGCAUAACUACCCAGGAUUAGUGAAUGAGUUGCCUAACCGCAGCUUUAAAGCCUCAGAUUCUUCUGCCAAAGUGUGCCUACCUGAAAGAUCUUCAGGGGAAUCUAACAUAGCCCACAAGCCCUCUGUCCAACCCAUUACUGACUUGACUCAGAGCGUAGCUCCCACCACAUCAUCCACCCCAUCACAUUUUAUGAAGGGAGCUAUUAUCCAACUAGCUACUGGAGAACUCAAACGAGUAGAAGACCUGCAGACACAGGACUUUGUGCGAAGUGCAGAGCUAAGCGGCGGUCUAAAGAUUGAUUCUAGCAUGGUGGUGAACAUACAUGCAAGCCAACAGAGAUCGGGUCUAGUUUCGCUUCACUUCACAGUUGGAGAACAGCAAAGCAAAGUGACCAUUGAUGUUCCACCUGAGCACCCUUUCUUUGUUUUUGGACAAGGUUGGUCCUCCUGCAGCCCUGAACGCACAGCUCAGCUCUAUGGUUUACCCUGCCAUCCUCUUCAAGUAGGAGAUGUUUGUGUGUCCAUCACUCUGCAGCAGCAGCAACAGAAACUGCCACAAAUGUAUCCUCAACAACAGGCAUUCUCCAGUACACCAAGCAAAAGUCAACCUACACCUGGAUCUGCACAUCAGAUCAUGGGGCCUCCUGUCUCUCAGCAACCUCGGCCUCCAUCUCAUUUUAGGUUGGACCGCAUGCACAGAGAGAGGCAACGAGAGGGAGAAAAAGAUGGGCUUGAAAAGGAGGAUGCUGUGCAGUUUGUUGGGCACAUUGAACCAUCAGUUAGAUCAAGCAGAGUUUCUGCAGAGCAUCCAAGGAGCCACAGCAGCUUUCACUUGCACACAGAGGGGUCAUCAGCAGGACAAGGAGUUGCCAAUCUGAGACGCUGGUCCUCUCCCAGUCUCCAAAGAUACAACGUGAAGGGAGAUGAUGGUCUGCGAUCUCCAGUGAACUCUGCACGGCCCUCUUUCAUCCCUCAGGAGGUUAAACUGUCCAUUGAGGGGCGCUCUAAUGCAGGGAAGUAGCAUCAGCUUGGUAGUGUCUUUGGAUGAAACUACCACAAAGAUGUGAGUGUGACAUGGAGCAAAAGGAAAAUGGAGAGCAAAUGUAGCCUCAGAAUGUUUAUGUUUUGCACGACUAUAAAACAAAAUGUUCAAUGUGUCUCCUGCUAGGGACCUGUGGUUUACCAUCCUGCUAAGGUUUCAUAAUAAGUUGGUAAUAGUAAUAUAGUAGUAUGUAGCAUAGUGCUUAGACGUGGCAUUAAUCUUUCUUCCUCUCCAUUGACACCAUUGCUUUACAUAUGACAUAUUAUUAUAUUAUUACAUUGCAGUAACCUCCUAAUAAUAGUUGAGGCAAAUCACUUUUUGGAAGAACAUAUUGACUGAUUGGUGAUGUUAAUUCAUUUUAAUUUAAUACAGAUCAUCACGCCAAUCUUAGUGAUUUUUAUGUCGAGAAGCCAAAAGUAGAGUUGCAGAGAACUGCAGCAGCAUUGCAGAUAAUGAGUCAUUGUAUGUUGCAUUUCUGACAUCAGCAGAAAUAUUGUAUACUAGCUUUUUAUCCAUUUUAAAUUGUAAUAUCAUGUACUUGUCCUGUAAUCACUAUGAUGAUUAAUUAGUCCCAAUUGAGUUUGGCCACACCCUACUCAAUUAUUCUCCGUUAAAUAACAGACUACUUCACUUAAUCACAAAACCAAAACAUUCACUGGAAUGUUGAUUGUGACUUAAGGUUGAGACUUGUGGUUCAUAAGUGAAUGUGAGAAUUCAGAAAACAGUAGCUUGUCUUUUCCAAAUGAUAUAUGUGGCAGUGUAAAAUUGUGAAAUUUUCUGAAACGGCCUCUCCUCAAUUUCAGGAGGGCAAAGAAAUGCCAGGGAGGAACACUAUGGAGGUUGUUUGUUGUAUGUGCUCUGUUCACUUGUUUAGGCAAUGUCAGUAGUGUUUUUUUUUUAGUUGCAACUAGUUUGCAUACUUCCUCCUGGGACCAUCCAAAUUUGGAGGUUGGGUCUAGGUUUCCAAGUUCAGAAUAUCCAUGAUAAUGUUUUUCGCCCCCAUGAUGUGUUAGUUGUUGAAUCAUCUAUUAUAUAACUGUGGUCCCAUGCUUCUCUCACAUGUGGUUUAUGGUGGAUCUAAUGAUUGUCUUGUGUUGCACAUUGAUAAUGUUGCUCAUUUAUUUCACACUGACCUUGGAGGAUAAAUCACUCUUGGGGUGUUUUUUUAUUUAAAUGAAGGGAAUAUGUGGUGAGAAAAAAAAAUACUUUUAAAACUCUUUUUAAAAGCUGUUUACAAUUAGCAAAGCAGAGUGCUGCAAUUUUUCUGCUUGACACAGUCAUGUCACAAAAAUCCAAAAGUAUAAAAUAAGUGCAAUUAGAUCAUGCAAAUCAUUCAGUGAAGCAGAGUGCAUUCCACAUGAAAACAUUCCCAUUUCACUCACUUUUAUAACAUUUCUGUUUAGGUACAUUACAUGUACUGUAGCUCCAUGGGUUGAGGUCCAGAUUUACUGUGCUCGUGUCUUGUGUUAAUGACUACCAGUCCUGGCUCAGGUCACACUCACUGCUACACAAUAAAAUGUGUAAUAUAGGCCAUCUCUAGCUCCCUCUUGUGUAUACUGAGGGAAAUCCCAUUUUUCAUAAUUUACCAAAAACUGCCCAUUUACAUAAUAUAAUUCAUCUCUUUCAGGAAAAUACACUUGGAGGUUUGCCAUAAGUAAUGCUCUGAGCAAUGCACAUAUGAAAACAUUUCACAAUAUCUGCUUUUUCUAUGCAGUAAACGCCGUAUAGUUAUUUAAAAUAACUGAACACCUUUCUGAGGCAGGAAGAACCGCUAUAUGCAGUCUUAAUACUGUCUGGUCAUAGGACACUUUUUAUGGAUAAUGUUUUCACUCUGUGUUUACUGGUAAAGCAGUAAACCAUUGGAACCAAAUGUCAAGAUGUCACUCAGUGUAUACUCAUUUGGCUUUGAGCCACUUCAGUUUUGUCAAUAUGCAUCCUAGGAGUGGAAAUGGUGCAAGCAGUGCCACCUGUGGCUUUACCUCUUGACAUGUCUUAAACAAAUACAUUUUGGUAAGACAAGCCUUUCCAUUUGCCCUCCGCUCAGAGCCAAGCCACCAAGAUCUUAAUCGCUAUUAAGUGGGUUCUGUUUAAACACUGACAGUAUGUUACUGUAAUUAAUUGCACUAAUGGCCCCUUUUUCAGUGUUGGUAAAUUGAAGAGUCUCAAAAUGUAAAGCACACAGUCAAAGAAAUCGUGUGUGUUUGUGUGUGUGUAUUUAUACUUUUGUAUAGUUAAACUUUUGCUUUGCCAAUGCUGUUGAUAAUGCCUUAAAUUUCUGCUAUGUACAAUGUGUGAAGGUGAAAUAGUGUUCUCUUUUUCAGAAUACCCAGAUUGUAACCUUAACUGUUUUUCUUUGCAUCAACUGAAGCCAGUGCCCAAAUGCCGAGGUUUUACACAUUAUGCAGUUUGUCAUUCCUGUACCUACAAUAUUUUCUUAUAUGUUUUGAAACAAUUGGGGUUUAGGUGGAGAGUUUGUCCUCUGGUGGUAAUGUAAUUGUGAUGUUACUGUGGGAAAAAUCUGGUAUCCUUUUGUCAUAUUUAGCCACAAUGGUAACUUUAAUCUUGAUCAUAUUUAUCUAAAUUAGACAAAUGGCAACAGCCAUUACAGACAAUUACAGAUUUAAUAAUCUCAGUAAUUUCAGAUUUUACAUUGUUUUGGCACAAGGUGACUUGAGUUAUGUGACUAUCAAAAGAACAAUAAAAAUCCCUAGAAUAUAUGCAAAGAAGUACAUGUAACAUUCAGUCCUCAAGAAUAAUCCAGGUUGUAUGAACUUUGUAUAGUGCUUUUAUUGUACUGUUGUACCAAUAUGUAUUGAUCUUUAUGAGAAGCCUUAGAGUUAUUGACCCAAAGUGCUCCCUUAGCAAAUCCCACACCUUUUUAACAAAGCAUUAAUAUCUAUUUUGUUGCUUUUUAUUUGUACCCUUUGAAUAAUAGAUUUGUACUGUAUAUUUGUACCUCUGUGAACUGUUAAGGGUGGUUUGUUUUGCUGUUUUAAUUCUAUGUACUUUAAGGACACAAAGAUAUUGUAUUUUUAUUGUUACAGCUAACUUGGAGACAUCACAUCUAUCAUGUUUGUUAAGUAAACGCAACAUAAUAUAUAUAUAAAUAUAUAUACAAAUAUAUACAAAUAUAAACUACUACACAU